AUGACGGCCGCGGCGGACGCUAUGGCGAACGCCAGCGGACCCGCCAGCAACCUGCGGCGAAAUCGCCAGCGGCCCGCCAACGAAAUCGCCAGAGCGUUCGCCCACGCACCUGCGACCCUGCCGUCGGACCCGCCGACGAGCACGCCAGCCAGCUCGCCAACCGACGCACCCGCCAGCUUGCCCACCGACGCACCCGCCAGCUCGCCAACCGACGCGCCAGCUGGACACGCCGAGGCCGCCUGCACUGGAGCCUGCGCACCCAGUCCGCGCAACCCAUCUGCGCAACCCGCCCGCUCGCCCGCCCCCUGCCCUCUCCCCCACCGUCGCGACUGUUCGCAGGUGCAGCGGCGGUCGCUUUGGGGGGGAGAGGGAGGAGGGGAAGGGAGUGGCGGCGGAGCACUGUGGGGGGGAGGCGAAAAGGGGAAAAGGGGUGACGGCGGGACGUCCGCCAGCAUCAGCACCAGCACUGACACCAGGCACCCGCACCAGCGCCAGCCGCCAGCAGCUACACCGCCAGCAGAGAGACCCCGCCGGCAGCUUCACCGCCAGCAGAGAGACCCCGCCAACAGCUACACCGCCAGCAGAGACCCCGCCAGCAGCUACUCCGCCAGAAGAGGCCCCGCCAGUAGCUACACCGCCAGAAGAGGCCCCGCCAGCAGCUACACCGCCAGCAGAGACCCCGCCAGCAGCUACACCGCCAGCAGAGGCCCCGCCAGCAGCUACACCGCCAGCAGAGACCCCGCCAGCAGCAACACCGCCACCAGAGAGACCCCACCAGCAGCUACACCGCCAGCAGAGACCCCGCCAGCAGCUACAUUGCCAGCAGAGACCUCUGCCAGUGUCGCCGAUUCUGUAGGGACUGCCGUGGGUGGGGCAGGGGUGUGGAGGAAGAAAGGGGAGAAGGGGGUGCGGUCCCAAGGGGCGGCUGUUAUGGGGGGUGAGGUUAAGAGGGGUGGUUGA